AUGGGAUGUGCAGCAGGGAUCCCCAUCCAUCCACAAGAUGCCCAGGGAGAGCCGAAGCUGAUGAAACAGGGACAGGCGAAGGUGAUGAACCAGGGCCAAGUGGCGCAGAAGUCUGAGCUGAUGAUCGAAUCGUCAUGGGAUUCUGCAACUUGGAACUCUGAUCUUCCCAGUGGUAUUCCCCGUCCGCCGAACAGGAUUCACCAUGUGAGGCAUCUCGACGUUCUGAACAGAUUCAAGAACAGGGUUGAGCAAUUCCCAGAUGCCUUCACGACCAUCGUAUCAUCCCGGAGGCAGACGAGUGACGAGGAUUAG